AUGUCUUCAAGCAAAGAUGACUCCAAGGGUGAAGUCACCAACGUCAAGGAGGAACACCAUGCCGAACUGUUGGAGCAGUCGAAGAUCGCCACUCAUAUGGAGCACUCAUUGGGAGUCAUCGAAGCUGUCAAACUCUACCCCAUGGCGGUCUUCUGGGCGUCGCUAUUUGCCUGGUCCUUGGUCAUGGUCGGCUAUGAUUCAGGGUUAAUUUACAGCUUCUACGCCCUACCAGCGUUUGUCAAAAAAUACGGCACAAACUAUGGGGGCGACAUCGGCUACGAGGUGUCGGCGAAAUGGCAGAACGUCCUCGGCAUGGGAACGCCCGUGGGUCAGUUCCUUGGAGCCUUCACUGCUUCGUGGCCGAUGGAGAGAUGGGGGCGAAAGAAGGUCUUCUGGGGAUCCCUCUUCUUCAGUACUGCUUUCAUCUUUCUCCAGAUGUUUGCCAACAACAUCCACACACUUGCGGCGGGAGAAUUCCUUGCGGGUAUCCUUUAUGGCACCUACGUCGUUCUGGCACCGACAUAUGCCUCUGAAGUGUGCCCUUUGGCUCUCCGCGGUAUCCUGAAUGCCGGAAUGAACCUUGCUUAUGUUAUUGGACAAUUUGUCGCGUCUGGAGUUGGCAAAGGAUUCUCUGAAAGGACUGAUCAGUGGGCAUACCGCAUCCCUUUCGCCAUUCAGUGGAUUUGGAUCCCUAUUCUUGCUGGCGGCCUCUUCUUUGCACCUGAGAGUCCUUGGUGGCUUGUGCGUAAAGGCCGAGUCGAUGAGGCCGAGCAGGCAUUGAGAAGACUUGCUAGAGAGUCACCCAAAGUCGAUAUCAAAGCGACGCUUGCAAACAUCGAGGCGACUACGAUGCACGAGACCGAAGUGGAAAAGGACACAACCUUCCUCGAGUGCUUCCGGGCCUCAAGUCGCGCUCGCACCGAAGUCGCCAUUAUGGUCCAAAUCUUCCAAGUCAUCACUGGCAUUUCCCUGAUUGGAUAUGCAGUCUACUUCUUCACACUGGCCGGCCUGCCCACCAGUGCUUCUUUCGACAUGGGCGUCGGCAACACCGCCAUCGGGUUUGUGGCCACUUGCUGCUCGUGGGUCUUCAUGUCCUUCUUCGGCAGACGGACCAUCUACAUGUAUGGUGUGGGGAUGAUGGCCGUCUCCCUCUUCAUCAUCGGCAUUCUCGACUGCGUCCCUAAUUACACCUCGCGGAAGGGUCUGGCCUGGGCACAGGCUGCUCUGCUCGACAUCCUGACAUUCCUGUUCCAAGGCACAGUCGGACCCAUCAACUUUGUCAUCUUUGCCGAGAUCGGUGCAACGCGUCUCCGGUCGCAGACUGUUGCUCUGGCCACGAGCAGUGGCUCCAUCGCCCAGAUCAUCAUGACCGUCGUGGUUCCGUACAUGCUCAAUGCGUCCUCGGGCAAUUGGAGGGGUAAGACCGGGUUCUUCUUUGGCGGGCUCAGCACCAUUGCCACCGUCUGGUGUUUCUUCCGCCUGCCCGAGACGAAGGGGCGCACGUACGAGGAACUCGACUACAUGUUUGAGGCGGGCAUUCCGGCGAGAAAGUUCAAGGACUUCAAGAUCUCGGAGGCGCGAGAGGUGGAAGUUUGA